AUGGCUGGAAUGACCAAGUACGAGACCCUGAUGUGGGAAAAGCAGAUCGAAGAGCAGAUCUUGGCUCGGAUCGACUUUCUCUUCUCUAACAUGUUCCCUCCCGGUGUCGUCUUCAACAUCAGCAUCUACGGAGAGCCCGAAGCAUAUGGAAUAGACAUUAAUUGGAAGAUGGGCUCGACGGAUACUCCUUGGGAUGGUUUGAUGCGCUACGAAUUCGGGGAUACUGCAGAGAUAAUCUUGGAGCAUCUGCUGGGAUAUCUGCGUACGCAGUCGGUGGAGGGCAAGUACCAAUUCAGAGUCCCCCAACCCUCUCCUCACCUCGUGGAGAGCAUCAAGAAAGCUAAGGACGCCCACGGAGCGGCUGAAGAAAACCUGAAGGAGGCUGAAGAGGUCUUUAAGAAGGCUGUAGAGGUCCUCCAGAAGUCCUCGACGGACCGCAAGAAAGCCGGGGUACCGGAGGAAGUCUCCGCUUCAAUGUACAUGUAG